GCAACAUGCAUCUCUUCCACUUUCUCAACGUGGUAGUCCUACUCACCUUCGGCAUUGGCGUUUCGUCCACCCCUGUUGCUCAUGGCACAACUUCGAAUUGUAACGCACGAGACAUCGCCAUCGUGAAACGAACAGCCAAUGAGCCUACGUACUUUUGUACAUGGUGGAACUCGGAAACCCCAUUCUUGGAGUUGACAGUAUCCCAAGUCAACAACGCAUGCAAAUGUAUCUCGAAAUCCUCAAAGAACAAGCGAGCAGCACCUUUAGAUCAUCCGGUCUUGUCGAAGGGUAAAUCUGUUGAAUCUUGCAGAAUCGAAAUGAGCAAGCAAUUCACCGAACCAUGGCAUUUUGCAAAUUUUACACUGCAUAAAGUCUAUCCCUACCACUACCAAGAGAUCUUCGACCAAAAGACUUCUGUGACAAAGACGACUAUUAAAUCAAGUUCUACCAAACCAUCGAGCAGCAAGAAGCUCACUUCGUCAUUAAGCAAAAAAACUACGUCCUCUAGUAAGAAAUUGUCUUUGUCUUCAUCUUCGAGCCGGAAGGCUACAUUGUCGUCGACCAAAACAGCCACCAGCACAAAGACCAGCUCAACCACAAAACCUAUGUCCACCUCUAAAUCUUCGACGUCAAGCCUGCGGAAGACGACUAGCUCUUCGAACUUGGUCAGCAACGCCAGGAAGACCAGCAGCAGCACUCAAGCAAAGGUCUCUUCCAGCUCAGCCAGGAGUGUGUCAUCCGCCCGUCAAAGCUCUGUCUCGAAAUCAUCGACGUCCACAUCUUUAAAGUCCUCGAGUUUGACUAAAUCGUCCUUGAGCUCAUCUAAGCCCUCGGUUUACACAACGACAAGCAGCAAGUCCUCUUCGACACUUCUGAGCUCGAGCGAGUCUUCCGCAAGAGUGACAUUAACAAGCUCAAGCAAGCUUUCGACUUCUUCGAGCGUUAGCUCCACCAGCACCACUAAGACUUCUACCUCAGUCUCGUCGGUGUCCGCCACAAAGACAGCAACGGCCAGAACGGACGGCCAAUUCUAUCUGAGGAUAGCUAGUACUACCUCACCACCUGAUGAUUACUACAUCACAGUGGCAGAUGGUUACAGUUUUGGACCCUCUAGGCAGCUCGUGUUUGGGAUCGGUCCUAACGGAUAUCUGUAUCAACUGGAUCCGAUCAAUACUGGAUUGGAACUAACUUUAGAGAAGGGGGGAUAUGGCUAUCUCGGUCGUUAUGCCGAGCUUGGGCAGUACUCUUCAGCCAACUUCAUAUGCUCCUACGAUGAGAGUUACCUCUUGAGCUGUGCUGCCCCUUCAUCCAAUGGUACCUUAACUCCAGUAACUUGGUCGUAUAGGGAGUUUUCUGGAGGAUAUUUCGAGUGGAUGGUAUUCUCCAAUCCUGACGACCAGCCGACUAUAGAUCUCUAUGUCGAACUUGCGGUGCCGUCAACCUCAUCCACAGCAUCAUCAAGCGACCCUACCAUUCCAUCCACCAGCUCACCCAUCAUUACCACCACCGCUUCACCCAACGCUUCUUUCACCGCUUCACCCACCGCUCUCUUCAACGCCACGAGCUCUUCCACUGUUUUCCCCAACACUACGAGUUCUUUCGCCGUCUCUUCUAACAUUUCGUCGACCGUUUUGUCUACCACUUCUUCUACAGCUUCACCUAACACUUCGUCCACCGUUUCAUCCAACGCUUCCUCUGAAGCUUCGUCUAACGCUUCAAGCUCUGGUCUCUCCUCUUGCUUGGCCAAAUGCUCCGAUGACUCUCGUUGCGUUGGCACGAACUACGACUCCGACAAUGACACCUGCCUGUACUACUUUGCGGAUGGAAAUACUUCUGAGGCUGCUUCUUCUCCUACUGCUAGCCGCACUCCUGGCUCGAACUCCACUGCUAGUGCUACUGGAAGCCCCACUCAUUCUUCAGGCAUCACCGGCGGCGCUGGUAACUCGACUUCUUCCAGUCUGGCUACCGCAUCGCCUACCGUUGCUCUCACCUGUAACCUCAUCCCACGUCUACCCAACAGCGGUUUCGAGGGAUGGCAAGAACCAGACUGCCUGGGUAACCACCGGUGGCUAUGCUGGCUCCUGGGCUCCUACUACAACAAAACCCUAUCACGGCGCUCUGAGCGGCCAAUUCACUUUGAGCCAACUACAGACUACUCUCGAGCAUCGAUCUAUCUGGUGAACACCAUGAGUAAUCUCUGUCAAGGAUUCGAUUACAGCAUCUCUUACCAUUCCUUCUGCAAUGCCCGGGAGUCUGAGUACUGUUACGUUUCGGUAACCACCAGCGAAGCUUAUGACUCUGAGAGAGGAUACUUUUCCGCAACAGAACCAGGCACUGGCUGGCUUGCCGAAGAUGAUGUUUUCAGCUUCACGGCUGCUAGCAGUACUUCGACGUUGUACUUAUAUGUCGGAACGGUGACAGACAACCAGGGCGUUGGUAAUGUCUAUUUGGAUGACUUCAGAAUUAGAUUUUUGGGACGCAAGGGAAGA